CACAGAAGCCAGCUGGCCAACACAGAAGAGACCAUGAGUGGCAGGGUGGGAGAUCUGAGCCCCACGCAGGCAGAGGCGUUAGGCAAGGUUUGGCAUGUCUAUGCCUGGCCCAGUGACUGAAUCCUCCCUCACACCAAGAGUUCCGUGAGAACCUCCAGGAUGUGCUGCCCUCCCUUCCCAAUCAGGACGACUACUUCCUCCUGCGCUGGCUCAGAGCUCGAUGUUUCAACCUGCAGAAAUCCGAGGCCAUGAUCCGCAAGUACGUUGAGGUUCGGAAGCACAUGGAUGCUGACAACAUCAUCAACUGGCGCCCCCCGGAGGUGAUUCAGAAGUACAUGUCGGGGGGGAUGUGUGGGUAUGACCGGGAUGGCUGCCCCAUCUGGUACGAGAUCAUUGGGCCCCUCGAUGCCAAAGGCAUCCUCUUAUCAGCCUCCAAACAAGAUCUGCUCAAAAACAAGUACCGUGACUGCGAAAUGCUGCUUCAGGAGUGUGACAAGCAGACCCAGAAGCUGGGGAAGAGGGUUGAGAUGAUUAUGAUGAUCUAUGACUGUGAGGGGCUGGGCCUGAAGCAUCUCUGGAAGCCAGCCGUGGAGGCGUACGGAGAGCUUCUGUCCAUGUUUGAGGAGAACUAUCCCGAGACCCUGAAGCGCCUGUUUGUAAUUAAAGCUCCCAAGCUCUUCCCUGUGGCCUACAACCUCAUCAAGCACUUACUGAGCGAAGACACCCGUAAGAAGAUUGUCGUCCUGGGAGCAAACUGGAAGGAGGUCUUGCAGAAGUACAUCGCCCCCGAGGAGAUCCCUGUGGUGUAUGGGGGAACCCUCCGGGACCCAGAUGGGAACCCCAAGUGUGUGACCAAGAUUAACUACGGCGGUGACAUCCCCAAGAAGUACUACGUGCGGGACCAGCUGAAGCAGCAGUAUGAGCACUUAGUGGUAGUGAACCGGGGCUCCUCCCACCAGGUGGAAUAUGAGAUCCUCUUCCCAGGCUGCGUCCUCAGGUGGCAGUUCAUGUCCGAAGGGGCCGAUGUGGGCUUUGGGGUCUAUCUGAAGACUAGAAUUGGGGAGCGGCAGCGAGCUGGCGAGAUGAUGGAGGUGCUUCCAAACCAACGCUACAAUGCCCACCUGGUGCCUGAGGAUGGCUCCCUCACCUGUUCCGUGGCCGGCAUCUAUGUUCUGCGGUUUGACAACACCUACAGCUACCUCCAUGCCAAGAAGGUCAGCUACACAGUGGAGGUUCUGCUGCCAGACAAGAAGUCAGAAGAGCAGAUCCAGCAACUGGAAGAGACCAUGAAUGAGUUGGACCUCAACAAUGCCCACCAGUGAUGGCUCUUAGAGCUCCCUCAUCGUCUGACCCCCACCGCCAGCCCCACUCCCAUCUCUCUCUGCACAAGCAAACCAGGGCUUCCCCCAGACACACCCAGCCAUGGGGAAGUGAAAGUGGAACCAUUCUCUAGAGAACCUCUGCUAGUUGCCAUUAGAACAUUCAGGCACCUUCUCUGGAGUGAUCUUUUGGACAUUCCCUCAUCCUGAACUGGCUGCAGAGGGGGUGUUUGUAGGCAGGGGCAUGGAUGCUGCAGAGUGGAAAGUUUCCAUCUCUUCCUUGCAGCUGCCUAGAAUGAACAUAGCUGAGCUGGGAAGUCAGUGUCUGGGAUCUAGCAGUCUGUGCCCAGACAUGCGGCAGUUCAGGCUGCCAAUCCAGCCAGCAUCUGCCAGGUUAAUCUGUCCCUGAUCAGAACUCUGGGCUUUAAGCACCUGGGGGUUAGGGGAGGGUCAUGGGGUGUUCAGGAGGGAAACCCCUUGUAUUAUCAGUAGGUUUGUCCUCGACAUGGGCUGAGCUGAAAACUUGGGGGGAAAGGGGCCCUUCUUGGCACUUCUAUAGCACAGUGAGGUGCAACAGCUGAGAGCCCAAGUCUUAGGGUGGUAGCAGCUGGUGUUGGUGGCAAGGCCCUGGCCAUCCAGGCGGGCAGAGUGCCCCUUCUUCCCCACCCCUCCAAAAACCUCCCCAGCACGUGUCUGUAUAAUUCAGUGCCUUGCUCAUUAACAUUCACACCUAACAAAGGGCUGGAGCUUCCCUGGGGCCAGUGGAUCCAGGCUCCACAGUCCCAGGGGGCAUCGCUACCCAUAGCACCAUAGUGAGGCUUGCAUUGGGCUCCCAUGGCCCAAUAUGCCCUAGAGGGGCAGGGAUCUGUAAAGACCAAUCAGCUACAAGGGAGUGGAGCAACUUGAGAAAGCAAAUCACACUGGGGAGGAGGGGCAGGGCCUGGGCCUGGGGAGUGGGAAGCAUAUAGUAGGCGGGGAAGUGGGAUGUAACGGCUUGUGUGGGGCAUCUUCCACCGUAACAUCAAAAUCAAUAAUACAGAGCAAAUCCCAGAGAUGGCAAUAUCACCGUUCAUGCUCUUCUCCUUGCCCCCAGGGCUGGUCUGAGACAUAAACACGUCAUUGCACUUUAAGGAGGACCCAGGCAUUCAGAAGGUGGCCUGACCUAUCUUCCCCCUCUGGGAAGGAAAUUCAUGGUUGGCCUCUCUCUUCUACAGUCCCAGCAGGAAGCCUGGCCCCUGCCAAUCAUAAAGCCAUCCCCAGCCCAUCCUGGGGCACUAGGAGGAGAGGUUCCCAUGAGACUCACACCCAGUGAAGCUUUCAACAAUCUUUCCAGGUCAACAUCAAGAGACAGUGAAGUGCUCCAGGGCCACUGAAUUCCUGACCACUCAGCUGGCCCAGAGUUACUUGCAAUGAGAACAUUGGUUCUGAAUGCAGCUGUUGUCCAUUUCACUGACUUCCCAACCCUCAGCCUGCAGAACCUGAUCCCCAUCCACAGGGGAAAGGGAGCAGCACUAGCGGUGGGGUAGGAAAAAGACUGCACACACUGUGUUAAGGGUGCACAUGGAGCAAGUGGAAAUGCCUGAGCCAAAGACACAUCAGAAAGCCAGCUCUUGAUUGGAACCAAGAUGGCUCAAGCAGCCACAAGCAAGUGGAGGUCUCCCAUGCAGUUGCACCAUGUUCUGGAACACGGAGAAACAGCCAGUGCAAAUUGUACGUGCAGCAGAUCCUUGAGACAGCAAAGAUGGGCGUUAGUCCCUGUGCAGCUCUGAUUUUCAAGGACAUCUCUCAAACAGCCAAGCAUGGUGUCAGUAUGGGAAAGCACAGACCAUAAAGGGGGAACUGGUGGAUUUCAUGAAGGACAAAUUCCUCCCAAGUUUUGAAGGAGUCCCGAGGCAGGAACACUCACUCAGCUGUUUGGAAAAGAUAUGGCACUUUUUAUUCUUUGGAUCAUGGACAGUAGAAGAAAAUAAUAAGUUAACGUGAUGGGUAGGCACUGUGAGGCUAUGCAGCCUAGGCUGUAUCACCCCAUGUGUGCUCCAGGUGGGCCAAACUGGGUGAUACAGCCCAGCUCAUGUCAGCCCAUCAGUGCCUUACAUAGGUUGCACUGGUAAUAGGAACUCUAGUCUUAAAGGGAGACCAGAUCUCUUUUUCCAGGGAAUCACUAGCUCUGUAGGUCAUGUUUCUUUAGAAGGGAUGUUUACAGGACCAUGAGUACAGCAUGAUUGUUAGCAGGUGGCAAGGCCAUCAGGAGGCUGCUGCCUCUGCAGCCUUUACAGAAGCUCCAGGCUGGAAAGGUUACAAAAUGAGAGUAAAUUCACAUAAGAGAAGGAACAGUAUGGAGCCAUCUGGAGCCUCCAUCACAGCCACUAGCUCCCAGCCCACAUGUCCUUUCAAUUCCUUGUGUGCUAGGAUAAACAUCAGAGGUGAGAUGGUUUGGAAUAACAAAAGAAUAAUUAUAGGAUGGAAUAAUAUAUAUUUGUGCUAUCUCAUGCUGUCCACAGGCUUUAUUAGUAAAUGGCUGAACAGAUCAUUGUCUCAUCCUCUCUUUUGGGGAUGUGGGUUCAUAAAUGCUCCAGGUGGCCAGACCUCUGUGCUCCCUGCCAUCAGCUCAUACCAUUGUGCUCACAGUAGCUGAGAGUCCUUCCCCGCUCCCUGCAGCAAGAGAGCCCCACAUUGGUUUAAUAUCAUGGGAGUUUAAGCCAGUCUCAUCACUUAGUAGGCCCUGUUGUGAAUAUUCAGGGUGGUCAACAGCCACAUCUGACUUCCUGCCACACCCAGCAUCUCUC